GCCGAAUUAUCAGUUACAAGAAAUUUUUUAUUUGACAAGUUGAAGAAUGAAUUUAGAUUAUAAAUCAUAGAUCACAGUGAAAACAUUAAGUAAAUAAUAUAUAGGAAUAUUUUAAAAUAAUUAUUAGCUAGUCCUAAAUAUGCCGGAAGGAGUUGAUGAAGUGCCUACUAUUGGCAUUAUUUAUCCGCCUCCAGAAGUAAGAAAUAUUGUCGAUAAAACUGCUAGUUUUGUAGCCAGAAAUGGACCUGAAUUUGAAUCACGUAUUAGACAAAAUGAAUUGGGAAAUCCUAAAUUUAACUUCCUCACUCAAGGAGAUCCAUAUCAUGCUUAUUAUUUGCAUAAAGUUAAAGACCUCAAAGAAAAAGCCGCACAAGAACCCACAUUACCUCCAAAAGAAACUAAAAGUGUGUCAACAGCUACCCAAUUAAAACAACAAGAAAUUCUAAAGCAAGUUCAAGAAGCAGUAUUUAUACCAAAAGAUCCACCAGAAGAAUUUGAAUUUAUUGCAGAUCCUCCAUCAAUAUCAGCACUUGAUUUAGAUAUAGUUAAACUCACAGCAUUGUUUGUUGCUCGUAAUGGCAGACAAUUUCUUACAAAUCUAAUGGCUAGAGAACAGCGAAACUUCCAGUUUGAUUUUUUACGUCCUCAACAUUCACUUUUCCAAUAUUUUACUAAACUUCUAGAACAGUAUACUAAAAUUUUGAUGCCUCCUAAAGAUUUAAUGAAAAAAUUAAAAGAUGAAAGUGAAGACAGACAGAAAAUUUUAAAUAAUGUUAAAUACCGCUCUGAAUGGCAAAAACAUCAAGAUGCUCUACGUAGAAAAGAAGAACAGUUAAUUGAAAAAGAAAGAUUGGCAUAUGCUCAAAUUGAUUGGCAUGAUUUUGUUGUUGUCGAAACUGUUGACUUUCAAUAUGGUGAAAUUGGAAACUUUCCUCCACCAACUACUCCAGAUCAAGUGGGAGUACGGACCUUAAUGCAAGAACGUGUAGACAAUGGUGAAACAGGAAUUGAAUUAAGUGAUGCUGAAGAUAACAUGCAAGUUGAUAGUGACGAUGAAAUGGAAAAUCGAAUAGGAAGUAGAGCUUAUGCACCAGAAAGUGAACUCCGAGUACCCGGUGAAGAGAAACCUAGCAGAGAUAAUAAUCAAAUACAAGAUAUGGAUGAAUCAUCUAGUGAUGAAGAAAGUACUUUACCUCCUGGUGUAUCUAAGGAAGAUGGACGUUCCAAUCAAUUGACUCAACCGCCUGUACCUGAAAAAGUUAUUGUUAAGAAGGGGUACAAUCCUAAACAAAUUGUUAGAGCACCAGUGAAAGCACCUCCAGAAGAAUAUUUAAUAUCUCCUAUUACUGGUGAAAAAAUACCUGCUAGUAAAGUACAAGAACAUAUGAGAAUUGGAUUAUUAGAUCCUCGGUGGGUUGAACAGAGAGAUAAACAUAUUAGUGACAAAAUGAAUCAAGAAUCUGUUUAUGCACCUGGUACUGCUAUUGAAGAAAGUUUAAAACAGUUGGCUGAACGCCGUACUGAUAUUUUUGGUGUUGGUGUAGAAGAAACUGCUAUCGGUAAAAAAAUUGGAGAAGAAGAAACUCGUAAAGAUGAUAAAGCAACAUGGGAUGGUCAUACAUCUAGUGUUGAAGCUGCAACGAGAGCUGCUAGGGCUAACAUAACUUUAGAAGAUCAAAUACAUCAAAUACAUAAAGUUAAAGGAUUAAUUCAUGAUGAUGAAAAAGAAAAGAUUGGCCCUAAACCUGUCCAAGGCACAGUAACUAUUUCACAUCCACCAACUUCUCAAGCAGUUUCUAUUCAAAUGUCUAUGGCUAACUCAAUGCAAAAUUCUAUGAUGCAACCACAUCAACCAAGUAUGAUGCAAGCACAACCUAUGAUGCUUGUUCAACAACCGCAACAAAUGAUGGUUCCCCAAGCUCAGCCUUAUUCAGUAAUGCAACAACAAAUGCCACCAAAUCCAUUUUUGGGGGCUGCCCGUGGAAUGAUGCAACAACAACCACCAUUACCUACUCUUGGCAUGAAACAUGGUUUAGAAAUGAUGGAAGAUGAACCUCUCAUGAAAAAACAGAAAACAGAAGAAUCUUUAGAACCUGAAUUACAGUUCAUGAUGAAAUUCAAUGGCCCUGUUAUGUUCAAUGUAACUACCCCAGUACUUACUGAUAAACCAGAAUGGAAAUUAAAUGGACAGCUAUUAAACAUAACAUUACCACUACAAGAAACAAUUUCAGUAAUUAAAUCUAAAAUUCAUGAUUUAACUGGAAUGCCUCCUGGUAAACAAAAAUUACAAUGUGAUGGAUUGUUUUUUAAAGAUUCUAAUACACUAGCCUACUACAAUAUUGGACCAGGAUCAACUAUACACUUACAACUUAAAGAACGUGGUGGUCGUAAGAAGUAGUUUAAAAGUUGUAAUUAUUUAGUUCUAUACAUUCAUAAGGUGUUUAUCACUAGAUUUUUUAUUUAAAAUUACAAUAAAAUAAUAUAAAUUUCAUUAACAAUAACAUUAAAAUAAUUGGUAACAAAUAAAAAUAUUUUAAUCACAACAAA